AUGGCGGCUCCCUUCGUCGUGGCGUUGCGGGCCCGGUGCUCGCAGUCGGACUCGACUUGCUCCUUUUCCUCGGAGGUUCCUGCCGCGCCUCUGGCGUCGCUUGCACCCGGCUCGUCGGGUCCCCCCGCCUCCCUCUUAUGUCCUGAUACCUGCAGUUCGUCGUGUUGCCACCUCCCGGGUACGAGCCUGCACCCUGCGCUUCGCGCCGCAGCCUCCCCGGCCCCCUCUGCUGCGCCGUCCGAAGCGGCCCUCGGAGCGCCGGCUUCUUCGGGCCUCUAUUUGCCGUCUUGCCCAGAGCCAGAGGCCCGCGCCUCCUCUGCUGCAGUGUCUCUCCUUUUCCGCUCUUCGCGGAUCUGGGUCUGCGAAGAGACGCGCGGCGACGAGGCACCACCUCCAGCGCCUUCCGACGCGGCAGACACCUCACAUGCACGUUUUUGUGAAGGGAGACAAAGGGGCCAUGCAGCGGCAGACGGGUCCGCCUUCGCAUGCGGGAAGGCGUCGUUCACCUGUUCUGUUCGUCACUGGGAGUCUUCGUCGCUGCGCCUCGAAUUCACGCCCGACUCACGUGAUUCACUGUGCUGCAUCGCGGCGGCGGACUCGCAGCGCGAGCAGAAACUCGACCAAGCUGCAGGCGGAGUCCAUCCCGCAGGCUUCCCGAGCGCCGGAGAUAGCUGCCGCCCGAGCCAGGCGCCCCACCGCGACGCCGCCUCACUCAGCGGUGUCAUUCACCCCACACAGCUUAACGGCGCCUGCGCGGGCCUCCGCAAAGUUCCCUCUCAAGUCGCGCCUCGGACCAGCGUCUUGGUGUGGCGCGGAGACGUCUUCGGCCUUCCAUCGCCCUGGGGAUCCCCGUGCGCGGACAAGAGCCCUGACGCGCCGCCCGUCGAUUCAGGCGAUGCCCCCAAAGCCCCGAGGAGCUGCGAAGAGGAGCGGCUCUUCAAGGAGCUUCUGCUGGAUCUCCACACAACCCGUCGCAGCCACGCGGACGUUCUGCAACGCCUCGAGAGCAUCGGCACCUUCCUCGCCUGCGCGGGCGGGGCCCGCGAUCUGCCUGCCGAAGGGAGAGAAACGGCUGGGCCGUUGAAUGGCAAGGCCUGCCGACCCAGCGAUGUGAUUUUCUCGCCAAAACGACCCGCGCGAGGGCGGCGCGUGCAGGUUCGAUUCGCGCUUGUGUUUUUUUCGGGCCCCCUGCGGACGCUCUACUUCUGUCGCGACAAAAUUGGAACGUCGUCUCUUCUCUGCUUCACGGCCCUUUCCCCGUCGGACCCGCCGCGGCGAGGGCGGGAGGGAGUCUCGCGGCCGCCCCCCACGGCGCUUCUUCUCUCGUUGUCGAGCAGCACCGCGGCAGCGUGUCGGCGCUUCGAAGACGCGGCCGAAGCCGACAGGGAGAGCGACGGAGGGCUGCAGCCGGUUGCGGGGGCCGAGGCCGCCGUGAGUGCCUGCGAGGAGGUUCCAAUUGAAGGCGUAUUCGCGGUCUCCUUCAGUCGCCUCCUGCAGGCGGCAGAGAGCCCAACACGUGCGGCGAAUCCGCGCGAAAGCGCCGCCAGGGAAGAUCCAGACGAGCGGUUAGAGCCCAGCGCAGAGCGGGUUGCAUUAUCGAGGUCGUCCAGGCCUUCCUCCUCGCCUCAGCGUCUUUUGGCUUCGCCACGUCCUUCGGCGUUCUGCGAUGGGGAGGACGAGAGGGCAGGCGACGAGCCGGCGUUCCUCUCUCUGCUCUGUGAGUCGCCCUUUGCGGCUGCGUUCGUGCGACUGCCGUGGGCGACACCGCCUCCGCUCUCGUCGCCGCUCUUCUGGGACCCCGCCGGCCGCUGCGGCGCACAGCCGCGAAGCGAUGCCUCGCCGUCCGCGACCGCAUGCGGAGCGGCGCCGCGACCGAAUGCUGGAGAAGAUGAGGAGGAAGCGACGCAGAACGGGCGAUACGACGGAGCCUCGCCGUGCCCGCCAGAAGCGCUCGCCGCGGCAGCGGAGCUGCUCGAGUACCUGGAGGAAGCUGUCGUCCGGAGCUGCGCUCCUCUCGGACUGAGGCACCGCGCGAGCCAGGAAUCGCGAAGGAUACAGCGGGGCGCUGCGCCUCCCGCGGACGAGGCAGCUCAAGAGGCCUCGGCCGGCGCCGCCUAUGAAGGCUCGAGAGGCGCGCAUGUGCACGCGGAGGAGCUGCGGGCGGCGCUGAAGGCUGGCGACAGCGCCGAUGACGCUGAGCAGCUCCGCGGGAGACGAGGAGAGGAGGGUCGGGCGGCCUGCCAAGCCUCGGAGGAGGUGGAGAGAGCGAACGACGUCGGAGUCUCCCACGAGGCAGACGCGCAUCUGGCAAUUCUUUUUUCGGGUGGCGUUGACUCCUCGCUCCUCGUUGCCCUCGUGCUCCGCCUGGCCGCGGAGGGCGAAAUCGCGCCCACGCCCCUCGAGCCCAGCGCGCCGGAGAGGCGGCGAGAGCUUCCGGCGGGACAGAGGCGGAGGCGCCUCGUUGUGGAACUCGUCAACGUCGCGUUCACGCCGACCGCGCCAGACCGCUUGACGGGGCUCGCCAGCUACGCAAGCUUGCUGAGAGUCCUCGACGGGCUCAGGACCCGCGGGAGAGGCGGCUCGACAGCACUCCGGGACGCCGGUAGGCACGUCGCAGGUGCGGGCCUUUGCACGGAGCGCAGCAGCGAGCCCCGCGCGGCGUCCAGUCCCGAGGCGAGUGGAAGCGAUGCCUCCGCCCAGAGGCCCCUGCAGAAAUACGACAUCGAUCUGCGGCUCAUCUGCGUGGACGCGACGGAGGAGGAGAUGCUUGCAGUGGAGAAAGAAGUACUUGACCUCGUGGCGCCGCAGGGGACGCACAUGGAUCUGAACAUUGCCUCGGCUUUGUACUUUGCCGCGAGAGGCCGAGGGUAUCUGGUGGCGCCGGGUUUUCAAACGAGGCCGGAAUGGGCCGCGCUGCUCGCGUCCUCGUCCGUGUGGGAGCCCCUGCAGCUGCGCAGCACGCCUCUGGGGAAGCAGACAGCCGCAGGCAGCCAGGGCGACGAGGCGGACCCUGCGCCAGACUCGGGCGCGAAGCCGCCCGCCCACUCAGCUGCAUGCGCGCCGUGCAGAGUGUGUGCACUUCGGGCGAAGGCGCGCUGCUCCCACGACGCGUGCAGCCUCUGCUGCCGGAAGCUGCGCGAACUCGCGCUCGCGCGCCGAGCGGGCACGGGCGAGACGGCGAGCGGGGCUGAAGCAGAUGCAAGGAAAGCCACACACGCGGAGGCAGGACGUGAGAACGAGAACACACGGCGAGCAGAAGCCGCCGCCAAGCGGAUCUAUCUGAACGGGCGGGGGUGGACGUACCUGUCUGCGGAUGCGCCGCUUUACGCGGAGUGCGCAGUGCAUCGGGAUCGCCUCAAAGUGCUUCCCACCCAGGCAUGCGAAGCGCCAGCGGGUCGCCAGUCGAACGGGAGCCGAAGCGACGCUGAAGGCGGAGGUGCUUCCCCGCACACGGCGCCUGAAGAGAGACCGAUAGCGGACAAGGCGCGAGGCGCAUCCCUCGGCACGUCCCCAGAGGAAUGCGAACAUGGCAAAAGACAGCUCUCGCACUCGGCGCGGCGCAAAGAGAAGCCACAGACCCGCGAUGUUGUCGGGCUUGCCGCUCGCGACGCUCUGCCCUGGUACGCGGCCACAGCGUCAGACGUCGCCGAUAUUCUCGGCGCAGAGGCGCCGAGCCAAGGCCAAGGUAGGCAGCGAGGGUGCAGCGCGCUCGACAAAACUAAUCACGGGUUAAGCGGGAGACGUCCUCAAUCCAUCGCGAUGGACCCGCUCGUCCGAGGCCUUCUGAUGGAGUUCAAACGCAGUGCGUCUGGCACCUUUUUGUGCAUUACAGCGCGCAACUAUAGAAUGCAUAGCUCGGCGAUGGGCACAAUGGCGCCUCGUGCUUUCCCGAGCCAUGACCUCGGACGGGCCUACUACGAGGUGAAGAGCUACGUGGUGCUUCUCGGCAGCGGCGCGGAUGAGCUCUUCGGCGGCUACGGCAGACACAAGACCGCUCGCCUGAAGCGCGGCCCCGACGGUCUCCGAGACGAAAUGCUUAUGGACCUGCGGCGUUUGUGGCGCCGGAACCUCGGGCGCGACAGCCGCGUCUUUUCGCAUUUCGGUCGCCUGCCGCGUCUGCCGUUCCUCGACGAAGACCUGCUGGCCUUUGUCGGCUUUUCGCUUCCCUUCUCGCGAGUGCUGUCGCCGGUGCCGGCGGGCGGUCUGGAUGCGCGGGCGACAGGGGCCUCCUGCGGACUGUCUCGUCCUCAUUCCUCAGUUGCAUCCCCCCGGGCUUCGGCCGAGUCCUUUCUGACAUCCUGCCCCGAGGCCGUCAGGCGGCAGAUGGAGACAAACCCGGCAUGGAUGUCUAACAAAUGGAUGUUGCGCGUCUGUGCGCUCCAUGAGGGCAUGCACUUUGCCGCUCUCGCGAAGAAACGCGCGAUUCAGUUCGGCUCGAGAGCCGCGCAUCUCUCGAACCAGCGCUGCGCGCUCUCGAACCGCCAAGCCAAAGGCAGCGACCCGUUUGUGAAGGAGGAAUGA